AUGGUUUGCAAUAACUGCCUCGAUAAAAAGGCCGAAAAUUGUGUCAGGUUAUGCGAGGGCUGUUCGAAACGAAAACUAGAACAUGAAUGCAUUUAUGAACCCAAAAAAAAGCCUGGUCGGAAUCCAACCAAAUUGACAGGUAAAACAAAUGAAAUCAACGAAGAAAGCGUAGAUCAAGAAGCUUCUCCCGAAAGUGGUGCUGUUUAUAUUGAAGAUGAAAAUGUUGAUCCUGAAAAUGGUGCUGUUUAUAUUGAAAAUGAAAAUGUCAAUUCCGAAAGCGGUGCUGUUUAUAUCGAAGACGAAAGUAUCGAAUCCGAAAGUGGUGCUGUUUAUAUCGAAGACGAUAGUAUCGAUGAAAAUAUUGAUUACGAAGAUUCUGAUUGUGAAGAAGGAAGCGUCCUAGAUACAUACCAUUCGUUUGAGAGCUCACCGAACUCCAUUUUAAAUUUCACAUUCCCCACACCUACGAAUGAUGAACUCAGUAACAUUACGACUGAUCCUAGUAUGAACUCUGAUGAACUAUUUCCUGGAGGGUGGGAGGAGUUUGAAGCAUACUACAACAUAAUGGAAUUCGAAACAUAUUACAACAUAGUAAUUUUCGCUAUGUGGUUGCUAGCACCAUUUUGUGAUGAAUAG